AUGCCUGGCACUGCCGCACAGCUGGUGCUGGAGAGUAUACAGGACACGCCGGUGGUUGCUCUGCGCAGCGAGCCGUGGACCUUCACAGCAGACUUCUCCUGGGACCCUGCGCGCACGCCAUACACCAAUGAGACGCUCAUCUACUACCAAGUCGUGCGCCACAAGCACGUGGUCUCCGCCGGCAACUUCUCCGCGGUGGACCCGGUCUUCAACGCCCUGGACACCCACCGCACCUUUGCCGUCUCGGACAGGGACGUCGGCUACCACACCUACCACCUGCAGCUGGCGUUGCAGAGCAACUUCAGCGACCCGGCCACGGAGGUGGCGUCCCUGUCGUUCCACACGCACGUCAUCUACGGCGGGCUGUCGCUGCUGCCGCCGCUGUUCACCAUUGCCGCGGUGGUGUUCACGCGGAACGUGCUGUUCAGCCUGUACACGGGCGUGUUCAUGGCGUGCUUCAUCAUCUACCGGUUCAACCCCAUUGCCGCCUUCACGCGCUCCUUUGACACGAUGAUUCUGGAUGCGCUGGCAGACCGCGGCCACGCAGAGGUGCUCCUCUUCACCUGGUUCCUCUCCGGCAUGGUCGCGUGCAUCCUCAAGUCUGGCGGCGGGGACGGCCUCGUGCGCGCCUUCUCCCGCUACGCGCGCACCCCGCGCGCCGGCGCCGUCGUCACCAUGGUGCUGGGGCUGCUCAUCUUCUUCGACGGCAUCGCCAACACGCUCAUCGUCGGACAGACGGUGCGUCCCAUCACGGAUAUGCUGCACAUAUCGCGGGAGAAGCUGGCCUUUCUCGUCGACGCAACGUCCAGCCCCGUCACGUCCGUGUCCCCCAUCUCCACGUGGGUCGGCUUUGAGCUGAGCCUGAUCGAGAACACGCUUCGCGACCUUGCGUCCACUGGCGAGGAUGUCACGUGCUACGACUCGAGCGCAUUUGUCAUCUUCGUCAAGACCAUCCCUGGCCGCUACUACCCGUUUAUCAUGAUUGCGCUGCAGCUGCUGCUUGUCAUCGCCGAGCGAGAGUUUGGGCCCAUGCUGGCUGCGGAACGAAAGGCGCGUGUACGCGGUCGUGCUGGUGGCGGUGGUGGUGGUGGUGACAGUGGUGGUGGUGGUGGUGGUGGUGGUGAUCGUCGCGCUGGCUAUGGUGCUGUAAUGGGUGGUGAUGGUGAUGGUGGUGAUAUCGGUGAUAUUGGUAAUGGUGGUGAGAGGGAUGGCGUGCGCAUGGGGCUGAAGGCGUUGCCGGCAUCGACGCGGCGGCGCAAGAUGCGCGGCCGCUACAACAGCAAGACUGCGCCCAUCUUGGGGGACGAGCGUGAUGGCGGCGACGAUGACGGCGAUGAUGGUGGUGAGAACGCGGCUGCUUUUGCGAAUGGGCGCGGUAAUGGUGGUGAAGAGCAGAGUAAGGCGAGAGCAGGCAGAGCAGAGAGGGCAGGCAGAGAAGAGGGAGUGGUGUCUGGCUCCACGUCCCCAAACACAUGGACAUCUGUUGACAUCCACAGCAGCGGUGCAACCACGCCUGUGUCGGUCUCCGCACGCACCAGCCCGCCCAGCAAAACCGGCAGCACGCGGCAUCUUGCGUCAGGGAAUGCGGCGGACGAAACUUCCCAUCUCAUGUCCGGCGUGACGUCACCGCCCUCGUCCUCAUCGUCAGCAUCGUCCACGCUUGGUAGUGGCGGUGUGGUGGCGAGGACAGGUGGACAAGAAGGCCAACACGGACACGGCAGCAACACCAACAGCAGCAACAACAACGACCGUCAUGAUUACUAUGAGGACAUGACGUUCAUCGACAACAGCAGCAGCGCCGCUGCUCACAACCACGGUGCGAGCGACACCCACACCACCGACAACGACAACGAUGAUGACAACGACAACAGGGGUGAGGGCGGUGGUGGUGAUGCUGAUGAGGACCUGAAGCAGUUUGAGCCGAAUCCAGACACGCCCAAGCGGUGGUGGAACGCGGCCGUGCCCGUCAUCGUAACGACGGUGAUGGUGGUGAUUGCGCUGGUGGUGACUGGUGUUGAGCAGUGUCGCAAGCUGGGCCUCUCCCUCUCUGGUGAGCACAUCUUUGGCAACUCCGACUCGUACCAUGCGCUGCUGUACGGCAGCGUGCUGGGGACCCUGACGGUGUGGCUGCUGACGUGGGCGCAGCGGGUGGACGUUGCUGGGAACGUUGUGUGGUUUGCGCGCAAGUUCCCGCCCAUCAUGUGCCUGCAGGCAUCGCUGGACACGUGGGUGGCAGGGGUGCGCAGCCUCACGUUUGCUGUGCUUGUGCUGCUGCUUGCGUGGGCGGUGGGCUCUGCCUUCACGCUGUGCGGCACAGCCACGUUUAUCAGCGCGUCGCUCGCCGGCAGCGUGCAGGCGGGCGCAUACCCCGCACUCACCUUCCUCCUCUCUGGCGUGCUGGCGUUUGUGACGGGUUCGUCGUGGGGCACGAUGGGCAUCGUGUUUCCGCUCAUCCUGCCUGCUGCACACCAGGCCGCCCCCUGCGACCGCACUGUUGUGUACGGCACCAUCUCGUCCAUCCUCGCGGGCGCCGUCUUUGGCGACCACUGCUCCCCGAUAUCCGACACCACCAUCCUCUCCUCCAUCGCCUGCCGGUGCAACCUCACUGCGCACGUGGUGACGCAGGCCCCAUAUGCGCUGCUAGCCGCGCUGUGCAGCUUCAUGCUCGGUGACCUGCCAGUUGGGUUUGGCGCGUAUCCGGAGUGGGUUGGCCUCAUCCUCUCUGUGGGCACGGCGAUGGCUGCCGGGUACGUGCUCUCUGUUCGCGUGGACGACGCGCGAGGGAGGCUUGACCGCGUUACGCUCGGCUGGCGGGCGCUGGGGCGUGCGGUAAGGCGGAUGAGGCACAGGGGCGUGUAUGCGCUCACGGGGUACAGACAGGCAGGCAGGGGUGACAGCACAGGCAGCAGCAGUAGCGGCGGCGGUGGUCGUGGGUAUGCGGCGUUUUCCAACGAUGUCAGCGACCCUGGUGAUGAUGUGGAGAGAAGGGCGUACUUCAAUGACGUCGUUGCACGCGAUCCCCUUCUCAGCAUCGCCAACUUCCAACGCGCCGUCCUGUCCUUCCUCGUCGGCUUCUACCCAGAGGCGUUGGCGGACUUUGAGCUUGCGCUGGGCAACAUGAACGGGCGGCCCUUUGUCGACUACAGACAGCUGGGCCUCCCCUUCAAGCUCUACGCCUGCGAAGUGCAGCACAACAUCCGGCUUGCUGCGGAGAAAGCUGGGAACAUGGCGGCAGCAGAGGCAGCGAAGAAGGCAGCAGCGGACACAAGCAGCCACUACACAAAGGCCCACGCAGCGCUGGCAACCGCCCAGUCACCGUCGCUGUUUGAGGUCCCCCUCGUCCUGUUUGAGCUGCCGCCGUCAAAAGUGUCCGCGCUGCAGAAGCAGCAGUUCAUGGGCAAGAGCGAACUCAAGGUCACGCUGUUCAAGGAGGAUCAGGCCGUCGGGUUUCAGGGCGAAAAAUACCUCAAAGCCAUGCAGGAUGACGGCCAAGAACAGACGCACGCUCCACCGAAACAGCAACAGCAGCAGCAGCAGCGACGGCCACCACCGCCGCGCUUACAGCCGCGCCCACGUCAGCACCAGUCUGCGCCCGCGUCACGCCGCACCGCCUCUCCCCCAACAGCGACGAGAGCGAACACGCCUGCCACGACGGCAACUUCGUCGGCAGCAAAGACAACGGCGAGAGCGAUGCUGUUGGGUGGGCGCAAAGCCGCGACGCAACCGCCGUCACCGCCACACUCGCACCAGCCACGUGGGGCGACGGGCAUGGCACGGCCACCGCCUCCAUCAACACCACCACCGGCACGCAGACACACGCACGCGCGCGGUGGCAGUGGUACGCCCUCACCGCCGCUCGCGCCCCACACCAACACAUCCGCAGCCACAACGCGCCCACCACAACCGCCACAACUGCCACACGUCUCGGCACCACCAACAGCACCAGCAGGCAAAACGGGAGCAGCAAAGGCACCGCCACCAGGAAUCAAAUCUACAACACGUGGAGCCCCGCUGUCAUCACCAGCACCAUCAUCAUCAGCAGCAGCAACAGGAGCAUCGGAUUUGUCAUCGCCGCUGAAGCAGAGACUGCAGCGGACAGCAGUUGCAGCAACACCGCCGCCACCCUCCCGCCCUUCGCCCCGGCUCGCACGCAAGCAAACGAGCGGGAACGCUUCAACAACGAGCACAGACAUGCCGAAGCCCAAGGAAGCGAAGGAGAAAGACAAGGAUGUCUUACCACGUCGCCCGCCACCACCAUCAUCAUCAUCGUCAGCAACAGGAAAGGCAGGACCUGCGGCGCUGCUGGGAGGACUGAAGCAGGCUGUGCGACAACGCCAGGAGACCAUGGAUUCAAGACGGGGCAGGGAGGUGGCGCCACCAUCCAAGCCGCCACCACCGCCGGCAACAGCAGCGGGCGCCAAGCUGUCGGCAGCAGCAACGGUCACAACGAAGAACACAUCGGCGGCACCCUCCUUCCCAUCAUCAUCAUCAUCAACAUCAACAUCAUCAGCAGCUCCGUCAUCAGCGGCUCCAUCAUCGUCGUCCACGGCGCCGCCCAAACCGCCGCCACCAGCAGCGGUGUCUGGUGCGGGGAAGACAAGGAGGGCCACAGCUGUACCGUCAACAACAGCACCGAGCAACGCAGGCACCACUUACAAACCCACACCAGCGACAGCAACAACAGCUACAGCAGCUACAACACGUGGCCUGGCCAAGGCGACAUCUGCGCCUGCGGGGAUUGGCGGCAGAUCCGUACGCGACCGCAUGAAGGCAUUUGAGAGCAAUAAUGGUAUUCAUGGUGGUGGCGAUGGUAAUGGUCGUGAUGGUGGUCGUUGCAAUGAGAGCGGGAGGCCAGGGCUGCCAUCAAAACCGCGCGUACAGCCGACGGGAGCAACAGGGGUAGCAUCGUCGUCCGCGUCGGGACAGCAGGAUGCAAAGAGUGGGGACAGCGAGGAUGGUGGCGAGGGUGUGCGGCGGCUGAAGCUGGUAAUAGAGUUUGAGGAUGACGAGUACACGGCGCGAAUCAGGGAAGGAGCACCGCUGCCGGCGUUUCGCAAGAAGGUGUAUGAGACGAUUGACUGCGAUGGCGAUGGACUAGCGCUGUGGUACCGCUUGGCGCCAGCACAGCCCCUCCUCAAGCUCUCCGAUGAAAGCCAUCUUCGGUUCCUGGAGAGCCAGGCCUCGACGUCGCUGGCUGUGGUGGUCAAGGCGGACAACAGCUGAUACAACGCAGAUGGAUUGUCGUUUGGUCGCCCGCCAGUGACUUGCCUGCUUGCUUCGCUUCGCUUCGUUUCUGCUUGUUACGUCUGUUCCCCUGGUUACUCGGUGACAUGGGCAUGCGACAUUGCGACAUUGCCUUGCGCAUUUACCAGUGCAGUGUGCAGUAAAACAGAUGAAAGGGA